CUCACUAAUUUCUCCUCAGUGAACACUGACCUCUGUCUGUGUUCAAAUCUCUCUCCUGUCUCUUCUCUCCUGUCUCUCCUCACCUGUCCUUUCUUACCUGAGUGAUCUACUUGUCAGCAUGUGUGGUCCACCGUCUCCCCCCUCGUUGUCUCCUGCGACCCCUCGUUCAUGGUAAGGUUCCUUCCCCGUGACAGAAGUCGGCUUCGGGAGCGCGAUCUGCUACGGCAGGUGAGGCGGCAGCGUCGUGCACCCGACGCCGAGAGAGAGAGUGAAAAAGAUGGAGGAGGAGGAGGAGGAGGAGGGGCGAGGAUGAGCGCACGAUUCAGGUGGGAGAGGAAGAGGCUCCAGGUACGUCGUUUGGCUCUUCGUCAUCGUCUGAGUGGGCUCAGUGGCAGCACUUCUCGCCCCACCCCUUGGCGCCGUCGGCCAAUCGCCUUCCUGUGCUACAUCCUGUCUGUCAGUGCACUGCGUCCACUAGCCAAUCGGGUGGCGUUGUACCACUCCUUCCCGACGCGCCUCCUCUCUCGUGCAUGGGGGCGUCUGAACGGGGUGGAGCUCCCCACCUGGCUGAGAAAACCUGUGUACUCGCUCUACAUCUGGACAUUUGGAGUCAAUAUGCAGGAAGCAGCCGUGGAGGAUUUACAUCACUACAGGAAUCUCGGAGAAUUCUUCAGACGGCGUCUCAAACCUGCAGUCAGACCAGUCUGCGCCUCCUCCUGUCUGAUCUCUCCAGCUGACGGGAGGAUCCUUCACUUCGGCCGUGUGAAGAACUCUGAGGUGGAGCAGGUGAAGGGGGUCACCUACAGUCUGGAGAGCUUCCUGGGUCCACAAAAGAGGCGGAGCAAUGAUUCGUCGUCAUCCUUCAGGGACCUUCUCCUGUCGAGUCCUGAUAACGACCUGUUCCACGUGGUGGUCUACCUGGCUCCGGGAGACUAUCACUGUUUUCACUCGCCCACAGACUGGAGGGUGGAGCUUCGUCGUCAUUUCCCAGGCUCGUUAAUGUCAGUGAACCCGGGCGUGGCUCGUUUGGUCAAAGAGCUCUUCUGCCUCAACGAGCGAGUGGCGUUAACUGGCCAAUGGCAGCACGGUUUCUUCUCUCUAACAGCUGUGGGGGCAACAAACGUUGGCUCCAUCAGGGUUUACUUCGACCAGGAACUUCACACAAACGCUCCGCGAUACAGUAAAGGAUCUUAUCAUGACCGCAGCUAUGUUGCCCUUGGAGAGCAGGAGUUGAAGGCAGGAGAGAAAGGGGGCGUGGACUCAGUUGAAGGAGGAGGUGUGGCCUUACAGAAGGGGGCAGUGUUGGGCGAGUUUAACCUCGGCUCCACCAUUGUUCUGCUGUUCGAAGCGCCAAAAGACUUCAGCUUCAGCCUACAGCCUGGACAGCGAAUCAGAGUGGGCGAGGGGCUCGGCAGCCUCUGAUUGGCGAAGUUGCAGACUCAGGGGGAGGUGCCUGGAAAUGGGAAGAUGUUGGAGACUUUGAAAAGACACGUUUUAAGAGUUAAAUGCAUUGUGGGUAUUUUUCUCUUCAACAAAUAAGCAGCAGAGGCCACAUUUUUUAUGACAAGGACUCAAACUCCCAGGAUGCCUUGUUCUUCAUGACAGGAAAAUGCCAAACCUCUCUCUCUUUUUCUACUCUGUCUUUUUGUCGGUCAGCUAGUAACAUAACCUCCAAACUCUCUUAAACCCCACAAACAAAAGAAAACAGGAACAAAUUCAUCACACACUUUGAUUUUAAUUGGAAAUAUUAAACUUCAGAUUCAUUUUUACAAACCCUUCAUUAAAAGUCCAUCUGUCCACUUUGAAGGUUCCAAGCUUUAUUGUUCACACAUUGUCCAAACAUUUGUUCUGUUUCUACUCUGAACACAUCACAGAUAUUAGCAUUUAGCUAGCACACACCACUGUAGCCGCUGAUUGAUGGAACCCAACAAGAGGCCUAUGAUUGGUCAAAAACAUGUUGAUAUUAAUAAUUGAUUUUUGUUUAUGGAAGUUGAACUGCAAAGAGCUCUUUUGUAAAAUAUGUAACUAUAAAUAAAUAUUAUUUCUCAGCU